AUGAUGGGGCACUAUUCCUCCCACUGUGACACCAAUGAUGGGACACUAUUCCUCCCACUGACACCAACGAUGGGGCACUAUUCCUCCCCACUGAUACCAACAAUGGGACAUUAUUCCUCCCACUGACACCAAUGAUGGGGCACUAUUCCCCCCACUGAUACCAAUGAUGGGACACUAUUCCUCCCACUGACACCAAUGAUGGGGCACUAUUCCUUCCACUGAUACCAACAAUGGGACACUAUUCCUCCCACUGACACCAAUGAUGGGGCACUAUUCCUCCCACU